GGACUUUACUCUGGACAUAUAAACUUUGCCCAUGAAACAAUCCCCCAAAAAGUGACUCCAAACGGUGAACAUUUAUCACACAAUUUGACACAUUAUCACGAUGAUGGAGCAGUGCAUUUUAAUGUUACGAUAGACCAAAGGUCUCAUAUGCUAGUUCUGGAACCAGCCCUGCAUUUUAUAGCACCAGGAUUAAUCAUUGAAAGAAGAAAACUUCAUCUGCAUAUGAGGUAUAAACCCAAAAAAGAAUCUCAUGCUUGCCAGUAUCAGGGUUUUGUACAUGGACAUCAUGAAUCAAGAGUGGCUGUGGCUGCUUGUAAUGGAUUGGCGGGAGUGAUACAUCUGGAAAAUGAUAGAUAUUACAUUGAGCCGGCGCAUCAUCAGACUAAAACCAUAUCUCCUGGGCAGAAGCAUUUAAUUUACAAGAGAUCGACGUCGGCUUCUAAUAACCACAAAAAGAAGCGAAGAAAAAAACGUCGAAAAAGAGAACUCUCCAAUUGCGGGACAAAGGAUCCGAAAAGAUUAACUAGAUUAGAGUGGCAACGUCAGCUCGGUAAAGUCAAAGUCCAGGAAAAAGAGAGGAAGCACAAGCGCAAGCAUAAAAUCAAAAUAACCGGCAUCGAGGACUCGCAGUUAAAAAAACACAAGUACAAAAAAAUUGAAAGGAAGAAAAGGUCGAUCAGUAAACCGCAUUACGUCGAAACACUUUUGGUGGCUGAUAGAUCGAUGGUCGAGUUUCAUGAGAGCGAAAAUGGAGACAUUGAGACGUAUUUGCUCACUCUUAUGAACAUGGUCUCGUUUUUCUACAUGGACCCAAGCAUCGGCAACCUCAUAAACGUAGUGGUGGUCAAAAUAAUUUUGUUGGACGAUGUGGAUGAAAACCUCAAUGUAACAUCGAAUGGACACAAAACUUUAAAUAGUUUUUGCGAAUGGCAAAAAAGUUUGAACCCCACAAAUGACUCUCAUCCACAUCAUCACGAUGUUGCCUUACUAAUGACAAGAUUAAACAUAUGUAUGGGGAACGAUAAUUGUACUACACUAGGAGUAGCACAUAUUGGUGGCAUGUGUAGGUCAGGAAGAAGUUGCAGUUUUAAUGAAGAUAAUGGAAUUUCUUCUGCUUAUACACUGGCUCAUGAAAUGGGUCACAAUUUUGGAAUGUACCAUGAUACCAAGGAUAUCGGAUGUACUGGAAUUCAAGGAAAUAUUAAACACAUAAUGGCGCCCAGUUUUGUGGCAGACACUGGAGUUGUGAGUUGGUCCAACUGUAGCCGCAGAAUGAUCACUAACUUUUUGGACCGAGGUUUAGGAAGGUGUCUCCACGAUCAACCGGAGGAUCAGGAGGACUACGAGUACGCAGAGCUUCCUCCGGGUGCGGUUUACAACUCCGAACACCAGUGUCGCUUGCAACACGGUCCCGAAGCAACCGUUUGCUCGUCAGAGGACGAAAUCUGCACCAGGCUCUGGUGCAUGGUCAACGAUACUUGUCGUUCCCUUAUGAUACCCGCAGCGCCCGGCACGCAAUGCGGAAAACACAAGUGGUGUCAAGACACGAAAUGCGUCCCCAUGAUGGACCCGCCGGUCCCCAUCGACGGAGGCUGGGGCGAAUGGUCGUCUUGGAGCGAAUGCUCGCGGACGUGCGGCGCAGGCGUGAGCGUGAUGAAGCGCGAUUGCGAUCACCCGAGGCCCGCGGCCGGCGGUAAGUUCUGCGUGGGAGAGCGGCGCAGAUACGUGAUUUGCAACCCGGAACCGUGCCCGGAGGACGAACCGACCUUCCGGGCGACGCAAUGCAGUGCGUACAAUAAUGAUACCCACGAGUGGCUGCCAUACUUUGAUAGAGAUCAGCCUUGUACGCUUUACUGUACUGAUAUAAAUGAAACAAUAAUAGUUCCAAUAAAAGGAUAUGCUGCUGAUGGAACGUCUUGUAAUGUUAUAACAAGAGAUGUUUGUGUUGAAGGAAUUUGUAAGAAUGUUGGUUGUGACUGGGUGGUGGACUCGAAGGCUAAAGAAGACGAGUGCGGGAUAUGUCAGGGUGAUGGCACGAAAUGCGACAAAAAAGAGGGAGUCUACUAUAAGCAAAGUCUUUUCGAAGGAUACAAAGAGGUCGUGGUAAUCCCGCCGGGUGCUAGAAACAUUAAAAUCGAGGAAAAGAAUCCCACCCGCAACUACAUUAGUAUUGGUGCUGCCUACGGGAAAAAGUUUUAUUUGAAUGGUAAAAGACUAAUAACGUUACCAGGAGAAUAUACCGUUGCCGGGGCUCAGGCUCUUUACGAGAGGGAUCAAGAGUUAGACAAAGUUCGUAUACCAGGACCUAUUCAAGAGGCCAUUGUAGUCUACGUUUUGUACCGCGGCCACACCUACAACCCUGGAGUGGAAUACCGCUACUCCAUCUGGAAACCAGAGACCACCAAACAACUCAAGUACUCCUGGAUCAUGGGCUUGUGGUCGCAAUGUUCAAAAACAUGCGGAGGAGGCGUCCAGCACCGCGAACCGCUCUGUCAAGAAUCAACGGUGGCCACGGUGGCAUUCGACUUGGAAAGUCCCACCAUGGUGGACGAGUACAUGUGCGAACCUUCAGAGAGGCCCAAAAAGCUUAUGAGGACCUGCAAUGAUGACCCAUGCCCCUAUCAUUGGUGGGUAGGACCCUGGCAGUCCUGUCCCGUCACGUGUCAUGAUGACGGUGAUCCUGCUAGGCGCCGCAGAAGCGUGAUGUGCGUAGACGGCCAGGAGAUGGCGCUACCAGACAGUUUCUGCGACAGAAAGGCCAAACCUUUCGAGUAUCAACCCUGCAAGGCAGGACUACCGCCCUGCGAGCAGGAUAGAAAAUAA